AUGCCGCCAUUCAUGAUGAGUUCGUCGCGAGACCCAACUGCGCGACUCCGCGCCGGAUUGAACCCCCUCUUGACGGCGUCGCUAGGGGUUUACCAUGGCCAUGCGAACUCGACAAACUCGAGCACCCCGCUCUCGGCCAUGUCGGUGAGCUCGCACGGCGCCCACUCGUCGGGACUUUCGUCUGGGCUCUCGUCUGGGCUCUCGUCUGGGCUCUCGUCGGGUCUUUCGUCGGGGAUGCCGCCUAGCCAGACCCCCGUGAGCGCGCUCCAUCCCUACAACCCGCAACAAUGGAUUGCCUCGCCGAACACGGCUGCGCCCACCGAACGGGUCAUGUAUCUCCAGCAAGCCCAGUCGUACGCAGAACCCCAAGCAUCACCUCCACCUCCGCCGCCAUACUCUCCGCCCCACAAUGGACGGCCCAUGAGCAUGGUGUAUGACCAGGCGCCAUCGCCAAGUAUGGCCGGUGGCAGUCCACAUCCUCCGCCCCAGCAGGUGCAAAUGCAAAUGCAAAGGCCAGUGCCUGAGCCACAAUCUGCAACUACGUCUUUCCCGCCUCCUCCGGGCGGAAGGGGCGCCUCCCGGGAGAGGCGGUUUGGCUUCGGAGCCCUGGGAAGACGGCGAGAAGUAGAACAACAAAGCCCUUCUGCUGAGGCUCACCCACACCAGCAGUCUCGCCCACUCGCCAUGAUGUCUCGCGUCAUGACGGGCCAUCACGCCGCACCCGCACCUCUAACACUCCAGAUACCCCACCAAAUACAGCCGCGGAUGGACGCGGACUCGCCCCAGAACAUGGCUCCAGGAGCGAGACGGGCGGCUUCGACGCCCGCGAUAGCCACGCCAACCUCGGCAAGGUCACGGUCCUCGUCCCAGAUUAGGUGGGACCCUAUGGUGCCGGUCCCGCCCCCUCCGCCUGGGCCCCCGCCGGCCUCGAACCGCUCUCAGAGUGUGCAGCGCAUGACGGGAGGGAGCGAACCGAUUAUGUCGCCGCCGACACGCAGGCCUCCCCCGAGCGGUAUCGCCGCCCUGGGGCCUGUCCCGCUGACUCCCGCAAACUGGCAUGAAAGCGACAACAUGCCAAACCUGCAGCAGUUCCCAAAUCCACAACCCCAGCCCGAGUCGCCUAAUAACCCGGCCUCGCAAGGCACCGAGACGUCGAGUGUAGGGAGCUCGAGUGCGCACCCCGACUCGGCAGUGUCGUCUGCGAGCUCGGCUGGCUCGCUGGCUAGGAGCCCUGCACAGAGAAUGGAGAAAACUCUGCGGGAGCGGCGGAGCGAGAGUCGAACAAGAGUGGGCGUCCACGACUCUAUUGACUCAUCUAUAGUUGCGGCCACGCCCUCAUCCCAGACGCAGCCUCUUACUGAGAUCGUGAUCCCACCAAAUCCCGCAGGGCUCACGCGGCGGUUGACUAUCAACAGAGGCACACCGCGGACGGGAGGAGCCAGGACCGGCGAGACACCCCGGACUGCCGAAUCCUUCGAGAGCCUCGAGUCCAGGGGCUCGACCCCGCGGGCUGGGGGGAAUGGAAAGGCCCACGCUGGCCACGAGACGCCGACGGGACAUUCGCCGCGGACGCACAAGUUUCCAGAGCUGCAGCACGCUCUCGCGCCAAAGGCGCUUCCCACGCCCCCGACCGGAAGCCGGUCGUCAUCGGGCUCCCAGAGAGGAUCAUCCCAGGAGAUCGCCCUUCCUACGCCGAUCACCCCGGCGCCACACCCGACGAAGCAGGCAGUCAUCAGCCAGACCACUGACCAGUUCGCGCGCGGCACCAUCGACCGCUUCACCCUCUUUGCCCAGCGAGAGUCUGCUGCCGCCGACGACGCAGAGCGAGUCCGGCUGUUUGCCGAGUUGUUCGUCAGCGAGUCUAGGAUACGGAGGGAGCGGUAUGGGGUGGCCAUCGGGGCCAUGGGGUCCGAGGUGCUCGACCUGACGCGCGAUGUGUUCCGGCCUAUGCCUGCUGUCAGGCGCGAGUCGGUAAACUCGGCCACUAGCGGAACGGCAGAGCUGACACCCCAGUCGUCUGAGCCCAGGUCUCACCGGGGCUCGGCUGGCUCUGCUUUCGGUGGUGCCGGAAAUAGCCACGGCCAGUCGUCAUCCAACUCGCCCUCUCCUGCCGCCGGGCCGAGCAACUCGAACUGGCAGUCGUCGAACUACAUGCCUUCGCUGUCACCCAUCCUCAGCAUGAGUGUUAGCGACGCGCUGGACGAGCAGGAUUCUCGAGGACGGCCGGCGAGCCGGUGGUGGGAGGCCGACUCCAACGACGGCGGCGGAUCUUCCAAGAUGGAGAGGUCAAAGCGGGAAUCCAAGUACAUGGGCGUUCCUAAGGAAGCCCGGGAGGCCCUGCAGUGGAUCGACGAGUUUCAGCCCCAGACGUCACCUGUGGCUGGCUCUAGCAAGCAAGACAUGUCGUCCGACUACCCGCCCGAGAAGACGGGGUGGCACGAGCACUCGGACCAAGCCAGCUCAUCACAGGCCCAUUCGCGCAGUUCGCUCCAUUCCGUGGCAUCGGCCCCUAACACGCCGAACCCGGCCCACCUGGACGUCUCGCGGUUGGUGACGCUGCCGCCGCCAUACCCGCGCCACCACCCUGCCGUGAACAACAACCACCCGGAACUAACACAGACUCGCAACUCGGUCCGCGUGAUCAGCGACAUGACCGAGGUGGAGGAGAUCCAGGAGCAGUUCAAGCAGGGCAGUGUCAAGGUGCGGUCCGAGGCCGCCGAGGCGUCGAAACAGCGGCGCCAGGCACUGCGCCAGAACCUGCAGCAGGAAAUCGAAACUGGAAGGAUCGGGUACUCGGAGGCUGCGGCCAUUGACGCCGACGCGAAGGACGAGGAAAACAACAAGAUGCGGGACCUGGAGAAGAAGGUCUUUGACGACUUCCAGACCGUCGUCGUGAUGCCCGUCAACGAGAUCCUGCAGGCCCGCAUUACAAAGGCCACGGAGCUCUUCGACGAGCUGCGCAGCCGGCUGUUUGACGAGACGCACGAGUCGAACCCCAACCUGCCGCAGGAGGAGGGCGACGAGCAGCCCGAGCUCCUCGAGAAGCUGACGUUGCUCAAGUGGAUCUUCGAGGCGCGCGAGACGCUGCACCGGGCGCUCUACGACAUGCUGUCGGAUAGGAACGACCGGUACCGCGACGUGGUGCUCGUGCCGUACCGGCUGGCCAACCAGGAAGACAAGGUGGCGUCGGCGCGGGCCUUCUUCACCGAGGACGCGGCCAAGCGGGCGCUGACGUACGCCGAGGAGGUGCUGUACCGCACGCAGGAGUUCCGCGACGUGGUCGAGGAGACGGUGGUGCGCGGCGUCGAGGUGCAGCUCAACGCCUUCUGGGACAUUGCGCCGCCCCUGAAGCGCGUGCUCGACAAGAUCCCGGCCGACAUGGAGGGCUUCCGCAUCCAGAUCCCGUCGGCCGAGUACCAGGAGAACCCCAGCUACGUCGACCACCCGCUGCAGUACCUGUACAGCCUGCUGCUGCACGCCGAGAAGAGCACGUACCAGUUCAUCGAGUCGCAGACCAACCUGCUGUGCCUGCUGCACGAGGUCAAGGAGGCCUGCGUGUCGGCCAAGACCAAGGCCAUGGAGCUCGACGGCCGCGACGGCGCGCGUGUGAGUGAGAUGAAGGCCGAGGAGGCCAGCCGCCUGACCGACGACCUCAAGGAGAAGGUGCGCGUGGUGCAGGACCAGUGGAUCAGCGCCUUGGGCGAGACGGUCGGCGGCGCCAAGGAGCGCGUUGGUGGGUGGCUGCUCGAGACGGGUGGCUGGGACGAGAGCUUUGAGGAGGGCGGCGUCGGGGGGGUGUAG